AAAAAAAGAGUUUGAAGUGGAACAUGGAUCCGCGCAAGUGAAACUUUACAAAGUGGAAAGAAAAUCAGAAAAUAUUUUUGGGAAUGGAUUAUGUCAGAGAAUUUCUUGCGCUUGGACUUGAUUCCAUAUUAUUUGGAAUAUGCUGCAACUUAUUCAUUAAACAAUAUAAAGCAAUUAAAGAGGUUCAGAAUGCUGCAGUGGUCGAAUUAGAUUCUAGUCUGGAAGAUAGAGUAAGAACACAACCAGAUCAAAAACUUCCAUAUGUAGCCGUACGUGGCCAAGUUAAAGCACUUGGUGCUCCAGUUACAAGCAUAAAUAACUGGAAAACUACAGGAACCAUUCAAAAGAUUUGUAUCAAAGAACAUUUAAUCAGAAGGUCCUCAGCUGGCUUCUGGAGCACAGACCACAAGCGUGUUAUCCAAGAGGUUUACAAUUCUGUUCCAUUUGUGUUACAAGCAUCAAAAACCAGUGUAGAAGUGCUUGAUGCUGAAAGAACAGAUAUUUUAGACCUUGAAACUACUGAAAGUCAUUUUGAACCUAGUAAUCCCAGUGGCCUUCAACUUGUAUGGGGAUUUUUUACAGGCGUGCAACAACGGGGCGUGCAGACAACGGAGGAGAUGCUGAAGGAAGGAACCUUCAUCACUGGAAUCGGAGAACUUGCAUUAGAAAGGGGCGGACUAAAAUUGCAGGCUCCGUGUGAUGGUAAUCCGUAUUAUCUCACGGUAUUGCCUCUUUCUUCCUUAAUCCGAAAACUUGAUAAUGAGAAGCGUAUAUACAGGUUCCUGACAAUUAUACUCGGAGGCAUCGGUAUAGUCAUCAUUGGGAUAAUAGCACAAAGAUGGUGGACGAAACGUGCGCGCAGGCUAAAUGAAGAAGCUAUAAGGAGACAGCGAGAUGGUUCCCAGAAAAUGAGACGAAGACAUGUCCGGGACAGAGAACUAAAUGAACUGCAACAGUGUCUUGUAUGUUACCAAAACCCUCGUGAAAUCAUCUUAUUACCUUGUGGUCAUGUGUGCCUGUGCUUAGACUGCAGUGAAAGAAUCAAUGACUUGUGUCCUGUGUGUAGGGCCAAAGUACAAACAAAAGCUACUGCUUACAUUGCAUAAUUAUUGUUGUUAGAAUUUUGCAGUGGUCAGAAUCACUUUUCCUAAUUCAUUCAAAUUAGUUCUUCACGGGGGAAAUAAAUCAAUAAUAAGAACGUGCAAAGAUUAUAGAAACUACAAUGUAAAUUAUCUUACGGUGGCAAAAAAUAUCUUACCAAGGAUGCACCUGAGCUGAAAAUAAUUUCACAUUUCACCCUUUCAUAAGGGAUGAAGAAACCCCACUCUGACUGAAGAAUAUAUGAUAUCCAUGACUUAAUAUUGAUAUCAGUAAAAUUUAUGUAAAUUUCAUUAAGUUUUAAAAAAAGUUAUAUAUAACACACUGUAGAUUUAAAAAAUGCAGUACUUCUGAUUUACAGAAAACCCCAAAAUAGGGCUUCAAAAAUACUUAUACACAAUGAAAACACAAAUGAUGCUGUCAGAUCAAACUGGAUGAUCAGUAUUGCCACUUUACAAACUUAAUAAUGAACGGACACAGAAGAAUGUAACAAGAUGACUUCUCCCAGUAAAAUGUAAAUUAAUUAUUUUUUUAAUAUUCGCUGGAUUGGAUAUAAUUUUAGGUAAAGAACAUGUUACUUUUUUCGGAGUGAAUUUGUAAAUUGGAGUUACAUAAAGAAUAUUAUUAAAUUUC